CGACUAUCUAUAUCCCCCCAUCUUCUGAUGUGAACGUUACAACCUCCUCUCCCUACAUAAAACCAAAAAUCUUCAUUUCAUGCUUCAAGUUUACGAGACCCCAAGUCUUAAAAAAAAAGCUAACUAAGCAAUGGCUUGUGCUUGCACCUCUACUACUUGUUCAUAUUCAUUGACUUCCGGAUCACACAUACUACUACUGGUAUUGUUGCUACUGGGAUUGAGUUCCUGGAGCUGUUGUGGGUUGGGAUCAUUUGGGUUCGACAUCCACCACCGGUUCUCCGAUCCGGUUAAGCAAAUUUUGGGGUCUGAUGGGCUUCCAGAGAAAGGAAGCGUAGAGUACUAUGUUGCUAUGGCUCACCGAGACCACAUAAUCCGGGGCCGCCACCUCGCCGCCAGUAACAACCAGUCGCCACCGGCGCCUCUCACUUUCGCCAAUGGAAACGAGACCUUCCUCCUCAACAAUUUCGGAAGUUUGUAUUACGCUAAUGUUUCUGUGGGGACACCGAGUUUAUCAUAUUUGGUAGCACUGGACACCGGCAGUGAUUUGUUCUGGCUACCAUGCGAUUGUUCGAAUACCAAUUCUUGCGUAACCGGCUUAGAGACAUCAUCUGGACAGGUACUAAACCUUAACAUCUACAGUCCUAAUGCAUCAUCAACAAGCAAAAAGGUUCCUUGUGGUAGCAAUUACUUGUGCAGUCCAAAUCAGUGUCCCUCAGCUAAUAGUAGUGAUUGUGCUUAUAGUUAUGCCUAUGUUUCAAAUGACACUUCAACUUCUGGAAUUUUGGUAGAGGAUGUUUUGCACUUAAUUACAGAUGAUGAUCAAUCAAAAGCUGUUGAUGCUCAAGUUACUCUUGGUUGUGGUAAAAAUGAGACUGGUACUUUUCUAGAGGGAGCAGCACCAAACGGUCUAAUUGGGCUUGGUCUUAAUAACAUAUCUGUUCCGAGCACCUUAGCAAGAAAUGGGCUAGGUCCAAAUUCUUUUUCCAUGUGUUUUGGAUCUGAUGGAAUUGGGAGAAUAAAUUUUGGAAAUAAUGGCACCUCAGACCAAAAAGCAACUCCAUUCACUGUUGAACCAUCAUUUCCUACUUAUAACAUCACUAUCACUCAAAUAAAUAUCGGAGGAGGGAAUGUUUCUCAAAUGGAGUUCAAUGCAAUAUUUGACUCUGGUACAUCGUUUACAUAUCUAAGCGACCCAGCUUAUACAUUUAUUUCUGAGAGUUUCAAUUCCCAAGUCACAGAAAAACGAUAUCCAUCAAAUUCCCAAAUCCCCUUUGAAUACUGUUACUAUUUAAGUGCAAAUCAAAUGCAAUACACGAGUUAUACGACACCUACAGUGAAUCUUACAAUGAAAGGUGGAGACCAAUAUUUUGUCACUGAUCCAACAGUAUUGUUCUCUACUCAGGCUGGAUAUUUUUAUUGCUUGGGUCUUCUCAAAAGUGAAGGCAUAAACAUCAUAGGACAAAACUUCAUGACUGGUUAUCGCAUAGUUUUCAACCAUGAUAAGAUGGUUUUGGGUUGGAAGGCAUCUAACUGUUACAAUGAUUCGAAUUCGCAAACUUCACCUACCAACCAAUCACAAUCUCCUGCUCUUGCUGUCAAUCCAAAAUCCACAGCACCAUCUAGUCAUUCACCCAAGUUGAAGGCUUUUACUUACACACUCGUGAUGCUUCUAGUUUCAUUCUUUGCCAUUGUUUAAUUUUCUUCUUAUUUGGCAAGACUUUCUUGACGCUUGUAUCAUUAUUUGUACUUAAUUUAAAGUUAAUUUAAAAGAAAUUGGAAGCAUUGAUAGCUUGCUAAUUUUCUUGCCACUUGAAUCCAUUUGGACUAAAUGUUUGAAAAAACUAUAGUUUUCAAUAAUAAUUUUUAUGUACAUAAACAAA